AUGACCAACAGUGACGUAGAUGAAUUGAGGUGGACCAACAUAUCUGUGGCAGUCACAGAUAAGAACACGAAGCAACCGAAAUUGCUUCUGAGAAGCGUUUCUGGUGAUCUUAAGGCUGGUCAAAUCAUGGCUCUCAUGGGUCCCUCUGGGUCUGGCAAGACUACUUUGUUGAAUGUGCUUGCGGGACGCCAGGCGACCGCCAAGUGCAAGACCGAGGGUGAUAUAUUGGUCGAUCGUGCGGCUAUUCUAAGAAAGACCUUCCAGAAGCUGUCUUCCUUUGUGGAGCAGGAACACUCCUUGAUCGGAUCUCUCACGGUUGCAGAGACGCUCGAUUUUGCGGCUCGAUUGGCAUUGCCAAGUACAAUCACCAGCCGAGAUCGCAAGGACCGAGUCUUAACUCUAUUGGACAGCUUCGGUCUUUCUGGUCAACGAGAUGCUUUCAUUGGCUCACCUAUCCAGAAAGGCAUCAGCGGCGGACAAAAACGUCGAGUAAGUGUCGCCAGUCAACUUAUCACCGCGCCGAAGAUUCUUUUUCUGGACGAACCUACCAGUGAUCUGGAUUCGCUAGCGAGUUUUGAAGUAGUUCAGUUCCUCAAAACCUAUGCUCGCAAGCAUAAUUUGAUCGUCAUUGCUAGUAUCCAUCAGCCUUCUACGUCCACAUUCGAAUUGUUUGACAAGGUUCUUCUUUUGUCACAGGGCAAGGUUUGCUAUGCCGCGUCGGUGCCGGGCAUCAACCCUUAUUUCGAGAAUCUAGGUCUUCCUAUUCCUGUCAUGAAGAAUCCAGCGGAACACCUGCUCGAGAUAACCAACAUAGACUUCUGGAAGGACAAGCAGGCUGGAGCACGGUUACUCGCUCGAAUUCAGCAAGCUUGGAUUGAUCCCAGCGUAUCUACCACACCUGAGCCAUCUUCGGCAAUACAAGCCCAUUCUGGUUCUUUUGAAUCCGAUCAUCGGGGUCCAGGAGUGGCCGAAGUUCUCCGAAUUCCCGUGACUUUACUCCACCGGCUACUCCUCAAGAGUUACCGGGAUAUUGUUACAUACUGGAUCAGGUUGGUCAUGUACCUGGGAUUGGCGAUCAUAAUGGGCACAGUCUGGCUACGUCUUAAAGGCACGCAAGAUGGCAUUCAACCUUUUAUCAACGCAAUUUUCUUCGGCUCAGCCUUCAUGUCUUUCAUGGCCGUUGCGUACGUCCCGGCGUUCCUCGAAGAUUAUGGUACAUUUGCCAAGGAGCGAGCCAAUGGUCUCUACGGCCCGACGGCUUUCACGAUUGCCAAUUUUUUGAUUGGAUUACCCUUUUAUAUAAGCAAUCAACUCAUCAUCGCAUUGACAUUUUCUCUGAUAACUUACUGGCUCAUCGACUUUAGAUCCGGCGGGACGGCAUUCAUCACAUAUGUGAUGUGGCUGUUCCUUGGCCUGGUCGCGGCCGAAUCGCUGGUCACACUGGUCUCCCUGCUUUCUCCUAAUUUUAUCGUGGCCUUAGCUCUAGUCGCUUUUGCUAAUGGACUAUGGAUGUGCGUGAACGGAUUUUUGGUGCCUACUAAGAGCCUCAACGUCUUCUGGGGAUAUGUUUUCCAUUAUAUCGACUAUCAGGCAUACGUAUUCCGCGGAAUGCUCGUGAACGAGUUUUCUCGUAGGAAUUAUACCUGUGCAUCAUCUUUGACUUCGCAAAGCGGGUGCUCUUGUUCAUAUACAAGUGAGCUAGCCGAUCACUGCUUGAUUGACGGCAAAGCAGUACUUUCGUAUUACGAUUAUUCGUCUGGGCAGUUGGGCGAAACAGUCGGUCAUAUGCUUGCCAUUAUUGCUGUUUACAGACUGCUUGGAUGGGUGGUGCUUUACCUGAGGGAAUGA